AUGUCUACUCGCAGCGGCGGUAAUGGCUUGAACGGCACCAACGGUGCUGCCGCGCCAUCCAAGGAUCACAAGCGCCUCAUCGUCCUUUGCGAUGGAACAUGGGUGGACUCCAACUCCGUCGGCAAAGUCAAGUAUCCCACCAACGUGACGCGCUUCGCCCGCUGCAUCAAAGCCAAGUACACUACGAUCGACGACGAUGGCCACAAGCACGACCGCCCACAGGUCAUCUUCUACCAGCCCGGUGUUGGGAGCGCCAGCGGCACAGUCCUGCGUGGAGGCCUCUACGGCUCCGGCGUCUCCGCGACCGUCCGCUCGGCCUACGCCUUUCUCUCGCACAACUACGAUAUCGGCGACGAGAUCUUCUUCUUCGGCUUCAGCCGCGGCGCCUACAUCGCGCGCAGCAUCGCCGGCCUCGUCACGUCCCUCGGCCUCCUCACCAAAAAGGGCAUGGACCACUUCCCGCUCGUCUACGCCAAGUACUACGACCACGAGUCGCACAUGACGGCCACGGGGCCGGACUCCCUGCCCUUCGAGGCCGCGCACGCCGACUUUGUCGGGCAGUUGGAGAAGAAAGGGUUGUUGCACAAGCAGGCCAGGGAGGCGGUGCAGGUCGUGGGCGUGUGGGACACGGUGGGCUUCCACGCGGCGGGCAUGUUUGAGGAGAAGAUUGAGUUUCGAAACUGUGAGUUGAGUCCGCGGGUGAGGUGUGCGUAUCACGCGUUGGCGCUGGAUGAGCGGCGGGAGCCCUUCACGCCGACGCCGUGGCGCGUGCCGAAGAAGGAGACGGUCGAGUUGGCGUACCCCAAGGGUAAGGAUUGGGGCGAGCAGGAGAUGGUGCAGUGCUGGUUCUCGGGGAGGCAUAGCGACGUGGGAGGUGGGCUGGAUGACCCGAGAUUGAGCGACAUCACCUUGGCGUGGAUGAUCGCGCAGGUCGCCAAGGGCGGGAAGCUGGCCUUCACCGACAUCGACAGCAAGGAUGACUACCUGAUCGACUCGGAGAAGACGCCGGGGCCGGAAGCCGAAGGCACGCCCUGGGCGACCAGCAAGGGCAGCGCCAACGAGCCCGAGUGGUACUACAAAAUGAUGCGCACGUUCUACUCCGCGGACCGCUCGCCGCUGACGUACCUGGAAGAGGGACGCAAGGUGCGUGAGGCCUCGCAGGAGGAGACGCACGAGUAUAUCCACCGCAGCGUCAUGGAUAGGAAUCUGGAUGGGCGCGGGAAGGGUGUGCAGUGGGUGUGCAACGUGCUGUGCGGGAAGACGCACGGAAAGACAGGAGCGUAUGGGCUGGCGAGGGAUGAGACAAAGGGGCUGCCGCUGGCGCCGAAGGUUGUGAGGGACGUGGAAGGGCCUGAUGGGCAAAAGCAGGAGCAGGAUGUCGAGGCGUAUUUCAAGGGGAGGGUGGUGAGGAUCAUGGGGACCGAUAUUGGCGCAGAUGACAAGAUUGCGGAUGUCGAGAAGAAGCUGGGGAACACUGGAUUCGUGGGCAUGGAGUAG